AUGGUUCUUUUGGUGGUCAAUCCUUCGCAUGAAGACGAACGCUCGACCCAAGAUGCAAGGACCAGGCGUCAGCCAUCUCCUAUACCUCGAACAUCUCAUUCUCCUAUUCCAGCGCGCACAGUAAACCUUCCUCCGGAGCUCAUACGACUAGUUGUCCUACAAGUCACUCGAACUCCGGACCUUGCGAGCUUUGCACUGACAUCGAGAUACCUCAAUAAUAUUGCAAUGCCCCUCCUCUAUUCCACUCUUUGCUUUGGCCCCACUGCCUACCGACUAUACAAGCUACCGAGACGUAACCGAGGCUCAAGCGGCCAUGGCUACGUGUCUAUCUCAGCCGAGUCUCCCAUGUCAAGGGACGAGGUGGGAUCCGAAGACGAUUUUUUCGACAAUCGCUCCUCUCUGUGCGCCGAACUGCUAUCCAACUCCCUGCACCUCCUUCCAUACGUUCGUAGCAUCUCCACCAACAUUUCUGUCCCAAACUACGCGGCCGCGGCGUCUAAUGUCAGGCAUUUAGCCCUGGGUGGUGUAAACGAUCAGCAUUUACUUGAUUUGAACGCUGCCAGGCAUCUUAAGCUCACUGCACUUGAAUUGGACGUUCCUCCCGCCGCUCUUCCCGAGCUUUUCAAUCUUUCCUCUUUCCUUCAACGACAACGGCACAUUACCCAUUUUGCUAGUCGAAACUUGGCUGAUAUCAAAGGGCUGAAAGACCACGACCUCCCUCGUCUAGCUCACAUAGAUGUUCCAGCUGUUUUAGCUUGCCAGCUUGCGCCUGGUCGUCCGAUUACCACAGCCCGUAUUUUCCCUUCAAAUCCGCGGCGGGGGUCCGGGCUGCGGUCGGCCGAUGAGCUCCUUAUGGCCAUACAUGCGUUAUCCCAGUCGACAGAUUCAAUUGGAGUAACUGAUCUUGAUGUUUCUGUCCUCUGGUACGGCGACCGUAGGAUGGAAGACGAUUGCCGCGUUUUCUUUGCGGCAAUUCGCGAUUCUUUACAACAGCUACGACAUCUACGAGUUACGCUAUGGUCCGACCUGGCUCCCAGUAAUGUCGACUUACUAUUUGAUUGCAUUUUAUCGGCCCUACCAUCACUCCAGUUCCUUGAGACUUUUGAAAUACGGACAUGGGCUGAAUACGGUAUAAGCCAUCCCUGCCAUCUCUCUCACCCAGCUCGUCGAGCGAUAUUUGAUUUGUGGAAGGAAUUGUGUCCGUCUUUGAAUAAGGUCGCAGCGCUCGACAGUCAUACUUGGACCUGGCACGCUGCCAAGGCGAUAACUCAACCCCCAGCCCCUGUCCGUUCCAAUUCUGACCCACACACCAAGCCACCCGCCAGGCGCCCUUUGCCACCCCGUCCACGUCCGGCCUCGGGCAAUUGGGUGCGGCUUAGUGAUCGUUGGGAUUGGCAACCUACUCCUUCACCACUUUCCCAGCCUAUGCUGCCUUCAGGCAUCCCUUCCGCCUCUCAAACAUCCUUUCAUGGCCUAAUGACACCUCGCCCUGAUUCACGCCCUAGAAGUGCCUCUCCUGGCGGCACUCACGACUCGCGGGCUGAAGGUACUUGGGUCCAAGAAUCAAGAAAACAACCUUGUCACGACUCAAAGAUGUGGCAUUCGGACCUGCCUGUCCUAGGAUCAACAUAUCAAAGAAAUGAGCUGGACGAACAUUACGUUCGGAUUGCGCAUACUCCACACAUCGAAUUCGCGACUCGGGACAGACAUAGACUUUCAAUAUUUUGA